AUGCGGGUGCGACGUCCUCUUAAUUCUUUAAUUAAUCUCAGUGCAAACCCUGUUGAAUGGCCUUUAAUUAUUAAUAACGACUUUAAAACAUUGUUUGUUGAAAAGGGUCCUCCUGCUCCGUUAAAUGUAAAUUUUGCAUUUCCUUCAGAUGAUCAAGGACGAAAAUUCACACAAUUUCAUUUCUCUCAACGAAGUAUGAAUAAUGGAGAAAAUAUCACUAGGACAUGGCUUGUAUACUAUAUUUCCAAUAACGUAAUAUUUUGUUUUUGCUGUAAACUAUUUGAUAAUUCAAACUCUAAGUUGGCUUUAGAAGGGUAUAAUGACUGGAGGCAUUGUAUACAAACGUUAAAAGGACAUGAAAUAUCAAAAAAUCAUUUGACUGCAUAAAGUACAUGACUAGAAUUGUCAUUGAGGUUAAAAAAAACAAAAACAAUUGUUGACGUAAACCGACGUAUUUUACAAUCUAAGUGUAGGCAUUGGAAUGAAGUAUUACAACGAAUCAUGUCGGUAGUACAAUUUCUUGGCCAUCAAAAUUUAGCUUUUCGUUGA